AUGCACCUUCGAUUACAGAAGCACCCACACAGAAACAUGCAAACUCACCUCUUCAUACUAGGAGCUGGCUUCCUGCUCCUCAUCCACAUAGCUAACCUUUUCGUGAUCAAGCCCUUCCGCGACUACAUCAAAAGCCGUCAACUAGGAUGCGGUCCCGUCCCCGUCGAGCCCUACCACCUCCCCUUCGGCAUCGACACCAUCCGCCGCAGUCUCCUCGCCGACCGCGAGCAACGCACCCCCGAUUUCGUCUUCUCCCGUUUCAUGGCCAUGAACCGGUACACAUGGGCGAUAUCCCUGCUCGGCACCACCAAUCUCAUCACCGCCGAGCCACGCAACAUCCAAGCCCUACUCGCCACGCAAUUCGACGACUUCAUCAUGGGCACAGCUCGACGCACGAAUUUGAAACGGGCGCUGGGGCGCAGCAUUUUUGCUGUUGAUGGGGUGGCUUGGCAUCGGGCCAGGGAGACUAUGCGGCCGCUUUUUAGUAGGGAGAAUGUGAGUCGGCUGGAGGUGUUGGAGGGGCAUGUGGGAAGUUUGUUACGAGUUAUUGAGGAAAAAGAGGGAGGUUUGAGGGUUGAUGAGGAAGGAAGAGCGUGGUCAGCACCGGUCAGUUUGGCGGCGUUGUUACCGAAGCUGACGAUGGAUUCGGCGACGGAGUUCUUUUUGGGGAUGAGUACGGGGUCGCUUGAUGCGCUGCUCGCGGAAGACCAGAAAGCGAAGGACAGUGACACAGACCAGCACGAUGAAGAAAGCUUCGACCACGCAUUCGAGCGCAUGUUGACCAUCCUCGGAAUCAGGAUGCGCCUUCGAAGCUUCUAUUGGCUCUACGGCAACACCGAACUAAACAAAUGCAUCAACACUCUCCACACCUUCGUCGACCGCGCUAUCGAUGCCGCAGACCAAGCGAGAAAACAGGGUUCUUCGUCGCUCCGCUACGACUUCCUCGAAACACUGCGAUCGCGCUGUGCCGACCGCGCUGAAGUCCGCGAGCAAGUUCUCGGUCUGCUAGCCGCAGGUCGGGAUACGACGGCAUCACUUACAUCAUGGGUUUUCUACUGUCUAGUGCGGAACCCACGAGUAUACAACAAGCUACGUGAAGUCAUUCUGGCGGAAUUUGGAUCUUACACAAGUACCAUCGUUGGACAGAGUAUCACGUUCGAGAAACUCAAGAGCUGCUCUUAUCUACAACAUAUUCUUAACGAGACAUUACGCCUCCACUCCGUCGUCCCCUUCAACUCCCGCUGCGCCAUCCGCGACACCACGCUCCCCACUGGCGGCGGCCCCUCAGGCACCCUCCCCAUCUUCGUCCCCGCCGGCACAGAAGUAAACUUUAGCACGCACGUCCUGCACCGCCGGAAAGAUCUCUGGGGUGAAGACGCCGACGAAUUCGUACCUGAACGCUGGGAGAAGAGGAGACCGGGGUCGACGUGGCAGUACGUCCCGUUCAACGGGGGCCCUCGUAUCUGUAUUGGGCAGCAGUUUGCGCUUACCGAGGCGGGGUAUGUGAUUGUGAGGAUCUUGCAGAGGUAUGAUGUUAUUGAAGGACUGGAUGUGGAUUUAGAGAGGGAUUGGCAUAAUUUUACGGUGGUGUGCAGUCCAGGGAGUCCAGUAAAGAGGGAGGAGGCGGUUUUGUGUAGAUUGAGGGUUGCUGUUGAGUAG